AGAAAAUAUAGAAACUUAUUCGAUUAAAUUCAGCUAGGGUUAGGGUUUGGCUUUCGAACGCAUCAAGCAAGAAGAAAACAGUAUUGAAUCAGGGCCCGUUAGAAGAACAAUUAAGAUGUCGAAGAAAAACGAUUUAGCUCGCAGAAAAAGACAGCAUGAAUUCGAACUACAAAGAGAGAAGCAAGAGAAGGAAAAGAAAGCAAAUAAGCUUCAAGCUAAGAAAAAUAAAAUGAAGGUUGAUGGGAAAGACAAGAAAAAGAAGGGUGCAAGUGGAUUUCAAGUAGGGAAGAGAAAGGUGAAGACCAAGUUGACUGCAGUAGCGAAAGCUAAAGCUGCCCAAGCAAUGGAGCUCGACAAAUGAGGUUCUGAGUGAGUCUCUGUGGUGCAAGUUGAUACUUUGGCAAACUUGAAGAAAUAGUUUUGAGCUAGAUAGGCAUCCUUUCUUGGACUUUAGUACUUGUUAAUUGGAUGGGAAAGUUCAUAUUUACCUUGGGAUUUACUUUGAUUUGCUCUGUUCCAUUUUCUGAUGAGAAUAAUGUUUGUGUUAGGUGGACCUUUUUUCAUUAUUUAUUAUUAUUAUUAUUAUUAUUGUGACAAUGUAAUGUGUUUUGUACAUUUUAUCUUGUUCACGAUGUCAAUUGUCUUAUCUCAUGUCUGAGUUUGUUA